GAGACUUCAAAAAAAAAAGACGUGUGAGGCUGAGACGGCGGCCGGCGGAGAGGAAAAAAAUUAGGGUUCCCAAGAGCGAGGACGAUCAUCAUCGGGAGCAGCAGAUGGAGGUGUCGGUGAAUGCUGCGAUAGGCGGCAGCCGGGAAGGGAAGACUUCUCGGAGGAAUCGACGUCGGAGAGAGAAGAAGUCUCCUAAGAGGAUCCAACGGCCAACGUCAGUGGAGGAAGAGGAGAGGAUGACCCAGGAGGAGGCCGAGCUGUGGGAGUGGCAGUCGAGCUGUCGGGGCUGGUCGCACAUCCUGUCCCUAAAAUUUGGUCCAUGCGAAGACACCACCUCUGUGCCUCCCAUGUGCUAUACGAAGGGACCCAUCCCAGCAUAUGCUAUCACUGAUCAUGCCUUGCAGAUCUUCUCGGUCCAAGUGACGGAAGUAAAAGAUGUUGAGUGGCCAUUACAUGUCUAUGGCUGGGUCGCCACCAGGGACUCUGUAGAUCCUAAACGCAACCUUCUUUUCAACCGCACAAGGGAUAAUUGUCAAGUCCUCACUCAACAGGAUUCAUAUCUGCAGUUAACAGGCCCUUCUCGUGCAGUUGUGUUAAUUGAUCCUGUUACAUUUCAAGUUGGGCUAAAAUUAAAGGGAGAAAAGGAGUCUGAGGAUAAACAUUUAAACUUGAAUGUCUUUGAGCACAAUAUGCCUGUCUAUUCCGAAGACAUACCAUACUUGAUUCACAAAUGUUGCUCCAACAAGCGUAGCACGGUUGAGGUCACAUAUGCAGCAUUUUAUAAAACAGUUGAGGCCACUGUUGUCCGUGUCCAAGUCACUGAUGGGUCAUGGCCAGAUCACCUUCGGGGACUAGUUGUUUGCCGUACCACCAGCCUUGAUAAAGGGGAUAUCAUGCUACUUGAUUCUCGAGAUGGAGCAAUGCCUAUCGCUUGUGAUGGUGCAAUUGAGCUUUCAAGGCGUGUUGUUUCUGUUGAAGUAAAAGGGCAGCUGAGUGUUGAUGUGGUGGCUUCACAAAUUGAUGACAAGUCAGAUGUUGUUGCGAAAGAUAGGGCUGUUUUCAGAUACAAAAUUGCUGGUACCAGUUCUGGUAGAUGUGAUCUUGGCUUCUGUAAGGUGGAAAUUACUGUUGCUUGGUCCCUCCUCGCGAUCUUGAGGGAUAUGAUUGGCUCGUAGCUGAGUGAUCGUUCCUGAUCAUCCAACGGAUGUAUUCCCGUGCCAAUGCACGACCCGGAGUUCCGCACCCUGCUAUGGGUUGUCGAUGAUCCGGAAAAAAGCCACUGUUUUACGACAUACAGUAGGCGAUUGGAAUAAAAUUUUCAACACGUUCCUAUACAUCAUACAACUA